CUCUGCUUAUUCCCACCAUCAUCGUAUUGCCUUUCAACAGCUUAAAGCUUUUACUAAUAAUUAACAGCAAUCGCACCAACAUGUCUAACUCUGUAAGACUCGAAGAUAAAGUUACACCUGAGCUCACCGAGGGGGGUUAUUACAUGGAGAUGAUGCGUGACCGAAGCGAAGAGGAGCAGGAAGCUAUUUUAGCUGAGGCUCGUGAGCGCGAUCUUGAUCGUCCUUUGCCCUUUUAUGAAUAUGAUACUUUUCCCAGACGGGAGGUUCACCUUGACACGACACCUGAAGAGCUGUUGUCUCCCGAAAUACUUGCGAUGCCGUUUGGCGAUGUCCUGGACAACUACUCGCAGCUUAACGGUACGGUUCAAGCUCACAUUAGAUUCUUCUUUCGGCAGAAAUUAGGUAUUCUCGAGGAGCACACUCGUCAGGUUCUUCAAGGUACUGCUGGUUCUUGUGAACCACUAGUGUUAGGUCGUAUCGAUGCCAGCGAGUGCACUCAAACGAGAGAAAGCGAAGUGGGAGGGAUCAAACAAUUAAAGGAUAAGGUGAAGUUGAAGGCUUCCACCAAGGUCCCGGCCUCGGUGUUGAAGAAACGGGGAACUUUCGUCGGUUCCGUUCUUUGUAAGCUACACGGCAUUUAA